AUGAAACCCCCUAGCCCUAGCCCAUCUCCUCCCACCGCGCCGGACACGUCCGCCCCGCCGCCGGACGCGUCCAUCGCCGCCUCCCGCGCCAUGGCCUCGCGCCACCUGUCCCGCGCCCGGCUCCCCCGCGCCUCUCCCCGCCGCCGGCCCGCGCGACCCAGGGCAGGCCCGCAGGGCCCGGUUCCGCGCCGCCGCCCCUCGGCUCCCACUCGCCCCGCCUCCCGAGCCCGGUCGCCCGCCGCGCCCUGCGCCGGCGCCUCUCUGCUGGACCCCGUCGCCCGUCGCCACCAGCUCCGCCGGCCGCCGCUGCCCUCCGCCGCCGCCGCGCCGGAUCCGGCGAGGGGCCGGCCAGAUCCGGCGCCCCCUCCCCGCCGGCACCUCCCCGGCCGCCGCGCGCCCAUCUCCGGCGUCCUCUCUCCAGCGAGCCGGCGAACCUCGUCAUCCGUGCCGCCAGAUCCAGAUCCGGAAAACCCUAGAGGUUGA